AUGUGUGACCAGCAGAAGCAGCCACAGUUCCCUCCAUCUUGUGUGAAAGGUUCAGGACUAGGGGCUGGGCAGGGUGCCAAUGGUGCCUCUGUGAAAUGCCCAGUUCCAUGCCAGACCCAAACUGUCUGUGUGACAGGCCCUGCUCCAUGCCCCACUCAAACCUAUGCGAAGUACCAAGUUCCAUGCCAGACUCAAACCUACGUGAAGUGCCCAGCUCCCUGCCAGAGAACCUAUGUGAAAUACCCAACUCCCUUCCAAACCUACGUGAAGUGCCCAGCUCCCUGCCAGACCACCUAUGUAAAGUGCCCAACUCCCUGCCAAACCUACGUGAAGUGUCCACCUCCCUGCCAGAUGACCUACAUAAAAAAUUCAGCUCCCUGCCAGACCCAGACGUGCUAUGUCCAGGGUGCUUCUCCUUGCCAGAGCUAUUAUGUUCAAACUCCAGCAAGUGGCUCAACCUCCCAAUACUGUGUCCCUGACCCAUGCUCUGCUCCCUGUUCCACCAGCUACUGCUGUCUGGCUCCCCGGACCUUUGGGGUGAGUCCCCUGAGACGUUGGAUUCAGCGGCCCCAGGACUGCAACACAGGAUCGUCUGGCUGCUGUGAGAAUUCAGGAAGCUCUGGAUGUUGUGGUUCUGGGGGCUGUGGAUGUGGCAGCUCUGGGUGCUGCUGUUUGGGAAUUAUCCCCAUGAGGUCACGAGGUCCUGCAUGCUGUGACCAUGAGGAUGACUGCUGCUGCUAAACACACAACAGCUCAACUCCAGAAUGCACUUCCCCAAUACCCCUUCUGGAACAUGCACCAGCUUCUAGCCCCCUCUCUGUUAUUGCCAGUGAGGUAGAACCUCAUCACUUCGCCUCUGUGCUUUGCUUCUCUACCAAGGCAGCCUGCCAGAGUUAGUGCAAUCCCCAAACUUUGGCAUGAAUAAAGCUCU